ACUAAUUCAGGCAGGUCCCUCGCCGUUUCGGUUGGUUCCUAGUGAAUACACCCAAUGUUACGGGAAAAUGGUAGGAACAUUUCUUCUCGAUUGCGUUUCAUUUCGGACAAUAAUACAGCGUAAGGCCGGAAACAUUAGACAGCGGAAAAGAAGCAAACUACAUAUUUUCAAAGUCGGCUAUUUCGGAGAUAACUUGCUAGCAGUCAUGGCGAGCACAGAUAUAUUUCAGACACAGUUAUCCCAAAUCAUGGGGUUAUUAGUUGAAUCAACAGUUAGCGAGAUGGGGCGACUUCUCGACGUGUGUGCUGCUGUUUUGGAGAAUAAAGACAAUCGUUUCCUGAAGAGAGAAAUGGAGCGUGUGAAUACAACCAACAAAAUAAAGUUUGCAUCAUUCAUGGAAGUGUUGAGUAAAAGCUCGAUGGAGAAAAUAUCAUUACUAAUGACUGUGGAUGAGAUGGAGAUGACAGCGGUGGAGAAGACUGGUGGAGAAGGCACAAGUGGUGGAGAUGCAGUAAACUUGCUUAACCCAGACGUAAAAUCACGUGUAAUUAUAAUCUGUCCAGGAGAUAUUAGAGAAGCACUUGCGACUCAAAAAGGAGCCGUAAAGGACGAGGGAUCUUCUGGGUCUGAUAGUCAGGAGGAUUACCUAGGCCUUGCCCCCUUGCCCUCACCUUCAUCAGAUGAGGAAUGGCUCCCUGAGGUUGAUCCCAGCCAGGGUGAGGACCUUGACCCUCAGGCACCAUCUGCAUCUAGGUUGAAGAUACCCAGAUCUGCUUCGGACCCAGACAAACAAGACGCAGGUAGGGAUGGCGAUGAUCAAGAUGUCCAAUGUGGAGAUUCUGCAGACGCCGCCCACCAGGGGCCCCUCAUCUGUGCCCACCAGGGGCCCCUCAUCUGUUCCCACUGUGGAAAAUGUUUCAAGGAGAAAUGGUAUCUGACGAGACACCUUCAGUCCCAUACAAAAUCUUACAGAUGCGCUCAUUGUGCGAAAGGUUUUAAUCUGGCGAAACAGCUAGCAAAACAUUCCAUUAAACACCAAGAGAACACCUUCAGUUGUACCGAUUGCGACGCGGUGUUUCGCCAGAAAUGUACUUUACAGUCGCACAAAAAACGUCACAAAACGGAGAAAACGGUCACGUGCGCGGUUUGUGAAAAAAAGUUUGUAGGGGAAAGGCACAAGUGCAUUGCAAAGCAGAGGACAUUCAGCUGCUCUUCCUGUCCAAAGGUCUUAAAGACCAGAGAAGGAUUGUCUUAUCACCAGGGAACACACUCCGGAGAGAGGAAGUAUUGCUGUGAGACAUGCGGCAAAACGUUCUUCACCUCCGUGUCCUUAAAAACCCAUAUGAUGACUCAUAAAGAGAAGGAUCAUAGCUGUACUGUAUGCAGCCAACCUUUCAACAAUGGACACGCUCUCAGAAAGCACAUGGUAGCCAGCCACCCUGGAGAAACGCCAGAGAAACGCUUCGUCUGCGACGUGUGUGGCAAAUGUUUCGCCAAAAGAGACCAUCUGUAUAAACACAUGAGGAGACACAAGGAAGAAAAACCCUUUUCUUGUGACGUUUGUGGCAAGAAGUUUCAUUCUUCGGGUAAUUGCAAAAGACACGAGAUAACGCACACAGGUGAGAAACUAUAUCACUGUGACCUUUGUGGGAAAAGUUUUACCCAGUCCGGAACCCUAACCAUACAUAAACUAAACACGCACACAGACGGAGAAGAAAAGCCUUCUUUCAAGUGUGAGAUUUGUGGGGAAGUUUUUCCAAGACGUUAUACCCUAAAAAAUCAUAUGGUGACUCACACGGGGAAGAAACCAUGUCAAUGUAGCGUUUGUGGGAAAGGGUUCUUCAGCAAUCCUACUCUUAAAGCUCACAUGCUCAUUCACACAGGGGAGAAACCGUUUGAGUGUGAUCAAUGUGGGAAAAGGUUCACCCAGUCGAGUCAUCUAAAAUAUCACGAGCGACAUGUGCACACGGGUGUCAAACCAUUCGUGUGUGACAUCUGUGGGAAGGCCUAUGCAAAUAGACAGAAUCUGAAACUCCACAAGUGCAGUGCUUCUGCGAAACAGUAGUCUGCGCAGUGCUUAUGCUAAACGGUAGUCUGCGCAGUGCUUAUGCUAAACGGUAGUCUGCGCAGUGCUUAUGCUAAACGGUAGUCUGUGCAGUGCUUAUGCUAAACGGUAGUCUGUGCAGUGCUUAUGCUAAACGGUAGUCUGUGCAGUGCUUAUGCUAAACGGUAGUCUGCGCAAUGCUUAUGCUAAACGGUAGUCUGUGCAGUGCUUAUGCUAAACGGUAGUAAUCUGGCGUCACAACUAGAUAAUUGUCACCCUGUCAAUGAGCAAUAUACACUGCUCAAAAUAAUAAAGGGAACACUAAAAUAACACAUCCUAGAUCUGAAUUAAUGAAAUAUUCUUAUUGAAUACUUUUUUCAUUAUAUAGUUGAAUGUGCUGACAACAAAAUCACACAAAUUAUCAAUGGAAAUCAAAUGUAUCAACCCAUGGAGGUCUGGAUUUGGAGUCACACUCAAAAUUAAAGUGGAAAACCACACUACAGGCUGAUCCAACUUUGAUGUAAACAAGUCCAAAUGAGGCUCAGUAGUUUGUGUGGCCUCCACGUGCCUGUAUGACCUCCCUACAACGCCUGGGCAUGCUCCUGAUGAGGUGGCGGAUGGUCUCCUGAGGGAUCUCCUCCCAGACCUGGACUAAAGCAUCCGCCAACUCCUGGACAGUCUGUGGUGCAACUUGGCAUUGGUGGAUGGAGCGAAACAUGAUGUCCCAGAUGUGCUCAAUUGGAUUCAUGUCUGGUCUGUGGUCCCCACCUGCAGAACCGCUCCUUUAUUGGUGGUGUCUUGCUAAUUGCCUAUAAUUUCCACCUGUUGUCUAUUCCAUUUGCACAACACCAUGUGAAAUUUUGUCAAUCAGUGUUGCUUUCUAAGUGGACAGUUUGAUUUCACAGAAGUGUGAUUGACUUGGAGUUACAUUGUGUUGUUUAAGUGUUCCCUUUAUUUUUUUGAGCAAUAUAUUUUUGAAUGGACUCAUUCCAUGCUCCUCCACGUGAAGGGGAAAAUACAACAAAAACUAACCAGGUUUCCAUCCAACCUUUUAAUGCCGGUAAAUUGCAUAAAGUGCACAGUGACGAGCUUGAUGCUCCUUUCCAAUAAAUAUUGAGGGUCUUAUUCUGGUGACUUGAUGAUCGAUGCUUGGCUGCCGUUUUGACAAAUAAAAAUGAUCUCACUCUUUUGUCCAUAAUAAUGUCAUCAUGUAGACGAUACCCGCACUGUAUCUGUGAGCUGGAUGCUAGUGCAGACGUGCCAAGACCAGAGUGGGCACAUUCACUAUAGUCAGCAGAGUUGAAAAGAAGAUGGAAUCCCAUUUAACUUUUUUUAUUUUUUUUUAUUCGUUAACGUUACAUUGGAAUUUAAGCGGAAAAGUUAUUAUGCUCACUGUGUCCAUCAUGCACAUUCUUUUAUCCUCAACAAGUCAAUUUAUAGAAACUCAUCCCAGGUAGUAAAAAUAUGAAGAUUGUUUUUAUGCAGAUUUUUAGAAUAUUCGCAUUUAAAUUCUGUCUCCAAUUGGAUGGAAACCUUGCUAUUUUAAGGGAAAUAAUCUGUGUAUAUUUUUUUUAAUCUGCUUUGAGUGUCUAUUGUCAUGACUGGACUCCAUUCUGUGUCGGGCUGGUAGUCGUUUAGCACCAGACAGAGCCGUGCAGUGGCUAGCUCCCAUCACAAUGUCCUUGUGAAUGUAUUGAUCCUGCUGCAUCUAAUUGGAGACCUUCAUAUUGUUAGGAGUCUGUUGAUUGAUCGUCUACUCAUUAUCAAUCAAUAGACGAGCUCAUUUUCCAACGUCAUCCGGUCACCAGGUCUUUAUGAUUAAAAAAAUUAUUUGACCUUUUUUACUUUUAUCUAGAUGAGAUCAAUGUGUUUUUUUUGUUUUUAUUUUAUUUUUGCUCUCAAAUAGCAGUGAAAUCAAAUGACAGAAUUUGUGAUUUUUACCCCUAGCAUAGUUGCUUCUGCUUUAAAUGCAAAUAUUCUGUAUUUUAAAUAAAUAAACAAAUUAGCAUCUGUG